UGAGCAACGCGCCACUCCCAGGCGCACACCGCUCGUGGCAGAAGUUGUCAUGGAGAUAGAAGAGGCCCCGGCGUCGGCUCGCGGGGGUGUUGCCAUGGAGAUCCCAUCCGGAGAUGCGCUCGCCGUGCUGGAGGAGGACGAGAUCGACGGCGAACUGGAGCCCCAGGAGCGGCGCAGGGAGCUUCAGCACCUCGGAGAGCAGUUGCGCGACGGAUCGCCGUUCUGCCACAGGAGUUUUUACAUGCUCAUCGUGAUCGGGGAGGUGGCGACAGAGCACCAGCUGCAAGCUGUCAGAGAGCACAUUGAGCAGGGAAUUCGCUCGUGGGACAUCAGCCUUGCUUCCUGUGACCUGAACCAGCAGCUGCAGCUCUUUGUGACCCGACACUCUGCCCAAUUCUCAGCUGAAGUCAAAGGACAAAGAACACUUCAACACAAAAGUGAUGUUCUUGAAACGGUAGUUCUAGUUAAUCCUUCAGAAGAUUCAGUGAGCUCAGAGAUCCGAAGUCUGAUCUGUGACGAAGCAGCACAUAAGCUGCUGGUCCUCAGUGGCCAAAGCACAGAGCAGGGUGGAGACCUUAUUCUUCAAAGUGGGGUAUUCACUUUUAGAAACUUCUCAAACAUCAUUGCUGAUCCACAAGUUAGUGAACUACUAAGCAAAGCUGUCCCUGAGCAGCGGGCCAGGCUCACAGUGUCCUGCCAAGGUGAGGCGGGCUGGAGCUCCCUGGGGCAGCAGCAGCAGCACUUUCGGGAAUCCCUGGAAUACAGACUGAAUCCCGAUCCUGUGCUGCCUGAAAUGGAGGGAGUCACAGAAUUCACAGAGUAUAUCUCGGAGACGGUGGAUGUUCCGUCACCUUUUGACCUCUUGGAGCCACCUACAUCCGGAGGUUUUCUGAAGUUGUCCAAGCCCUGCUGCUACAUUUUCCCUGGAGGGAGAGGAGACUCAGCCCUGUUUGCUGUAAAUGGCUUUAACAUCCUGAUUGAUGGAGGCUCUGAGCGAAGAUCAUGCUUCUGGAAGCUUGUCAGACAUCUAGACCGUAUUGACUCAAUUCUCCUUACUCACAUUGGAGCAGAUAAUCUCCCAGGUAUUAAUGGACUCCUCCAGCGAAAGAUAGCUGAACAAGAUGAGGAACAGUCACAAGGCUCUACAACUUACAGUGACUGGAUGAAGAACCUGAUCUCACCAGAGCUUGGUGUGGUGUUCUUCAAUGUUCCUGAGAAACUAAAAAUGCCUGAAUCAACUUUGAAAGUUAAACGAAGCAUUGAAGAAGCUUCGCUGACAUUACAGUACCUCAGCAAGCUUGGGAUCAAGCCUGAGCCUCUUUUCAGAGUGGUGAGCAAUACCAUUGAACCCAUCACACUUUUUCAUAAGAUGGGUGUUGGCAGGCUAGAUAUGUAUGUUUUAAACCCAGUGAAAGAAAGUAAGGAAAUGCAAUUCCUCAUGCAGAAGUGGGCAGGGAACAGUAAGGCUAAAACUGGCAUUAUCCUCUCAAAUGGAAAGGAAGGAGAAAUAUCAGUUCCAUACUUGACAUCUGUUACCGCUCUGGUGGUAUGGCUUCCUGCUAGUCCAACAGAAAAGAUUGUUAGGGUGUUGUUUCCUGGAAAUGCACCACAGAACAAAAUCUUAGAGGGCCUAGAAAAGUUAAAGCACCUUGACUUUUUGCGAUAUCCAGUUGCUACUCAGAAGGACAUAUCCUCGGGGACCCCUCCUCCACUGAUGAAACAAACAAAAAUGAAACAAAGAACUGACAGUAAAGAAAGUCUGAAAUCUUCACCCAAGAUGAAUGCUGCAGUCAUACCUGCCAAGAAAGAGGCAAAUGGGCUUGAUGACAUUUCAACUACAGAAACAAAAAGCGAUUCUGCAAUAGAGAAUAAGAUAGAAAAAAAAGAGGACAAGAAACUUAAAGAGAAUGAAAAACCUACCAAACCACUCAAGGCUAAAACUGAAGGAUCUGACUUGGCAAAACAGGAAAAGAAGAAAUUGUCAAAGGAGAAAUCUAUCAAGAAAAAUAUCAAGGAAAGGGUAUCCAAGAUGGAUGAGAAAAAAGACAAAGAAAAAAGGGAGAUUAAAAAGGAAAAGCGUGAAAUAAAAAAAGAUGAUGUGCCUAAAAAAGAUGAGAAAAAAGAAGCCAAGAUGAAAGAAGAGAAAAAGAAGGAAGCUACUAAACCAGAGCUAAGAAAAAUCACUAAACCGGAUUUGAAACCUUUCACUCCAGAAGUCAGGAAAACCCUGCACAAGGCUAAGGUACAUGUAAAACCGAAGACAGACAAAAACAAAGCUAAAGAUGUCAAGGAACACGUAGCUGAACAAGUGCCCUCAGCAGGGCCAGCCAUGGAAGGCAUUCAGCCAGAAACACAAGAGCUAGCAGCAAUGGAUGACAGAUCAAUUGUUUCCUCUCCAGAAGACCUCACCAAAUAUUUUGAAGAACUGAAACAAGAUGAAGUAUCUUGCCUGGAAGCAGAGCCAGCACAAGAUCUCCCCGUAACACCAAAACCUCCUGCUGAUGAAACUGCUGUUCCUGCCCCUCACCAGGAUGAAGAGGCAGAGCAAAAGAUUGAUUCUCAGACUUUAGCAGAGAUGAAGUUCCCAGUGUUGGAGUCACCAGAUGAAGGAAUAACAACUACAGAUGCUGAAGCAGAAUCUCCACAGGAAGAAAAGAAACUUUUAGAAAAAGAUAAGGAUGAAUCUCUGGCAAAAGCUGGAGAGAAGUUUGAGGAUGAGGGUGCAGCUAUGGGAGAUGAAGAUGAAGAGGAGGAUGAAGAGGGAGAAGAAGAAAAAAUAAUGAAAGAGAACACCACAGAGGAGGAUGAAGACAUGGGAAUGGGAGAAGAGGAGGAUGAUGGAAAAUGGAGAGAUGAGAAAGAAUCAGAGGGAGGGAAACAUGAAGAAGAAGCAAUGGAGAAAUGUGAAAAACAUACAACAGAAGUUGAACUGAAAGAGGAGUUCAAGAAGUUAGAACCUGAGGACGAUGAGGAAGAACAUGGAGAUGUAAUAGAAAAAGCUGAAUUAGAAGAAGCUGAAGAUUUUAGUGCAACAGGUGAUGUUGUUGAACUGAAAGUUAAAUCAGAAGAAAUCAAAAAAGAAAAAGGUGAAACCGAUUUAGACCACCAACAAAUAAAGGAAAAAUUAGAAGAAAAAGAAGAUUUGAAAGUGUACAUGAGUAAUCUUGGAGCAACCACAACUGCUAUUACAUCAGUGGCACAAGGUGCAGCUGCUGCAGAGCACAUUUCCUAUAUUCAGGAUGAGACUAUUCCAGGUUAUUCUGAAACUGAACAGACAAUUUCAGAUGAAGAAAUUCAUGAGGAAACUGAAGACAGGAUACCGCAUCUCCGCUAUGAAGUUGGUACCUAUGAAAUUGCUGUCCCUGAUGAAACGGGCUCCUUUAAUGCCAUCCAUGGCAUGCGAGAGAUGAAAGAGACACCUAUAAAUGAUGUGUCAGAUAUAGCAGCAAAGGGGUGCAUUGAAGGUCAAGACCCUGCACUGGCAGUGUAUUCUGCUAAUGUUAUUGCUGCACCAUUAGCAGAAGAAGAGCAUAUCUCCUCUGCCACAUCUAUCACAGAAUGUGAUAAACUCUCUUCUUUUGCCACUUCUGUUGCUGAGGACCAGUCUAUAGCAUCUGUGACAGCACCUCAGACAGAAGAAACAGGAAAAAGCUCUUUGCUUCUUGAUACUGUCAACAGCAUACCAUCAUCUACCCGGACAGAAGCUACCCAGGGAAAAGAGUACGUGCAUUCCGCUGGGACAAUUUCGCCUACUUCCUCUCUUGAAGAGGACAAGUGUUUCAAGUCACCUCCUUCUGAGGAGUACCAACUCAUUGUAUCAGAAGGGGAAGCUGGAGGGAAGACUGUACAGAUCCAUGAGGAAGAGGAUGAAGAAGAGGAAGAGGAUGAAGACCAAACACCUAAUGUUGACAUUCCACUUGGAAAGCUGCAAGAAGGCUAUGCGUCUCCUUUAUUGUUCCAGGACCAAGAGAGUGAAUUUCAUAGGCUCCCUUCAUCCAUCUCAACCCCUCUUUCAGCAUCUGCUGGGGAUUUUGAAUGUGCUCAUCCACCAGUUAUGGAUGAAGCGCAAGCUUCUCCCACCAAAGAAGAUUUCACUUUUGGAGUGGCUAUUAAACCCGGCUCGCUAUCAGACUCUUUUCCCAGUUCUUUAGCAAUGGACUCCCGUACAGAGAGUGAAGAAAGAUGUCCCAGUCCAGACGAUAGCACAGUGAAAAUGACCUCUCCAGCUCAUUCUGGACCUACCAGUGCUGGGCAUACCCCAUUCCAUCAAUCACCGAUAGAAGAAAGGACUGAAAUUCAACACGUGGCUUCUAAAGAUGUAGAAAAAACAGAAGAUAAAGACACAGCCAAAACAGACAUUUUUCAUGAGAAAUAUGAAUCAUUCAAACUUCCAGAGGUCGAACAAAGGCAAUUGUUAGAAAAAGAUUCACAGGAUAUAGUUCUAACACAAGAAAAGGAGGGUGAGGAGUUACUCUUUGAUAAGGUACAGUUGCCACAACAGCAACAGGACAUCAAGGGCACCAAGCCAGUUUGUCCAGAUGUUUCAUCUCCAGUAGAAAAGUCUAUAGAAGAAAUGAGCAAAGAUUCUCUAACAACAGAUGCUUCUUUAGAAAAAGGUGUUUACGAAGACACAGAUGAAGAAGACGAGAAAUAUGACAGGAGGGAAGUAUGUCUUAAGGGAAAAUAUAUUGAGGAAAAGGAAAGUCGGUUCUUAGAUGAUGAUGAUGAUGACAUUUGUGAAGAUGAUUCACUCCAAACACAGAAGACAGUGGAAGAAGAGAAAAUCCAGGAUCAGUGUAAAGCUGCCAUCCUGCGAACCACAACUGAGGAUUCUGAUAAACCAAUGAUUGAUUCUUUCUUACUUCAAGAAUCUAAGCCUCAAGUUCUGUACUCAGAUGAUGAAGAAGAUGAGGGUGAUGCCAUUUGUAUGGGUGGUGCUGGUUCUAGACCUUUAUCACUGGAUAGUAGCAAAUUAGACAAUACAUCUCAAGAACUGUCAUCAACUCUGAAAGAUGCUACUAAUCUCCUAAAAGAGAGCAGUGAAGAAUACGCAUCCUCAGUGUCAGCUACAGCAUUCCCAAAAGAAGAGGCACACAUUUCUCCACAUUUUGAUCCCAGAGACCAAGCAAAAUACUUGCAAGAAAUUUCACCUGAACCACUAUCAUUAUCCCCCAAGAAAAUAGGGAGCACACUACUGUCUUUUGCAGACACUACUACAAGUAGCUCUGCUAUAAAGGCUGAACCAACCUCAUUUCCUGCCACUACUGAGAAUACAUCUAUGAGUUCAAUACUUUCUAGCACUGACAGUCAGGGUAGUGGUGAGGAAUCAUCACAACCUGAGACACCGAUGCCCUCAGUGUUUCCCAGCAAAGAAGCGGAUUACUGUUCUAAAGGAAUGUUAGAACUUUCUCCCAAAGAAGAGGGGAUACUAGGAAAGGAAGCAACAAGAGAAAUGGAAAAAGAAAGAGAAGCAGCAUCACCAAGCAAGGCUAUGCCUUCUUCAUAUUUCCUUCUAGAAAAGGAUAUAACAGAAAAGCUGUCACCAGAUAAGAAAGAUGCUAAUGCAAAGGAUUUUCAUUCUUCAGAAGAACAUGAUGAGCCUGCUACAUCAAAGUACUGUCCUGAUGAAAAGGAAAAACCAACAACAGAUGCAGAGGUGGACUCAAGGGAGAAACUAGAAGGAGAAAUUGAGAAACUGACUGAAACUAAGGUACAAGACAAUAAGACCAGUAUGCAAUUAUCAGUUGAAAUGGUUGAAAGUGGAACAGCAUUUUCUGCAGAUGUGCAUGACAAAGACGAAAUGUCAUUUAGCAGAGUUGAUUACCACACAGUAUCCCUUACAGAACCUGAAAAAAGUGUUCAUUUCAGUCUUAGCGUGCUGUCAGAACAAGAAGCUCGCGAAAAAGGCCAAAAGGAAGAACAUGAAAGGGAAAUAAGACAAGAUACACCAUUUGUAUCUAGCAAGACUUUUACUUACACAGAUCUUUAUGACAAUAAAACUACUCUACCAGAGGAGACAUGUUUAUUUGACUCCAGUCAGGAACAUGGUGACUACCCUGGCAAUUUGGACAUGGAGUCAAGUAUAGAGAAAGCUAAAGAAAUGGAUACACCUUCGUCUCCUCCCCUGACAACGGAGACUAAAGAUAAAGGUGGAAAAUUUUCUGAAGAAGAUGGAUUUCAUAUAAACACAUCUAGUGAAAAGGAGCCUUUCUUAUCAACACAAUCAGAACUUGUUGUACUCGACUCUACUGUUGCCUCAUGUGCGGAUAUUCCAGAGGGAAAGUCAAUGGAACCGGAGAAAGAAAAACACAAAGAUUCAGUUGCUCAAGAAAGUAGGAAGCAGUCUCUAAGUGAGACUGAGAAACCGGAUUCAUCCAAAGAUCACGUUUUACUUGAGGAGAAAGAAGUCUUGUCCUCUACAGCUAAGCCUGAGGCUAAAGAUGGCCAAGUCAGUGCAGUGUCCCACCCAGAGUCUUCAGAAACACACAUCGAUGACAACAUCCUUGCAUCAGAUUAUUCUGAGAAAAGUAGUGCUGUUGCCUCUAAAUCUGUGUUGUACUACGAAGAACAAGAAGUACAGGACAGUGACAAUAUGAGGUUGGUAGUGGCUGAUGAAGAUGAGGAAGAUGAGGAAGAUGAGCUAGGGGAGAAGAAGGGUGGUGGUGACUCAGAUGUUGAGAAAGGAGCCAAAGAGGAAUCAGAAAAAGAAGCAAAAAGCACUUUUGAAUAUGCUACCUGCUCAAAACCACCAGAGACCACACAAGACGGAAAGCAGAGAGAAGAUUUGUCUUCUGAAAAGAAAUACAGUUUUGAAAUGCAGGAAAAGCCCAUCAUACCUGAACAUUUUGAAGCUCCUGGUAGCAGUAGUAUGCAGCAUACAGUAGUUGAGGGUUUUCUGCAAAAAACAAUGGGUGAUGCUUCCGCCUUUUUAGCAGAAAGCUGCACUGGAAUGGAACCAAAAGAAUCUGAAGAAUUUUCUUCUAGAUCUGAGUAUUCUGAGACUAGAGAAACUAAAGACUCUGUUCCUAUUCACCAAGAACAAGAUGAUGAAACUCCUGAUCAUUCACAUAUCUUCCUAGCAGCAAAAACAAGUGAGGAUGAAUAUUAUGAAGAAGAAAAAGACGAAUUUGAAAGACAGAAGACACCUGAUUUUUUAAGCAAGAGAACAGGAGAGUCCGCUUCCUAUGGUUUCACUUAUACCACAACUUCUGCCACUGCAUAUUCCUCUUCAUCAUCCUAUAGUUAUUCAUCCUCUGCCUCUGCAUCUCUGUCAACCAGCCGCCAAUUUGGAGAAGAAAUGGAGACACCUGCGACUACUACUGAUGUACUUUUCAAACCUGAUAUAGAUAGUGCAUGCUUUGAAUAUUCAUCUUUUAAAGAUGAGCAUUCCCUUGUGAUGGACUCUCCGUUUUCAAGUUCUGGUGGGUUUAUCAAAGAUGAAUAUUUGGAAGUGUCUGAAAAGCUCACCACUGCCACAACAACAGCAGAAUCAACUUCAAGUCUCACAAAAUUUUCUCCACUCAGUCCUUUUGAGGAGAUCAAACCUUUCUCUCCAGUGUCAUCUGCCCCAACAGAGGAAGACCAAGUAACUUUGACAAGUAGCAGUAUAGUCAAGGAAAAGCAUUAUGAAACUCUCUAUAAAGGUGAAUGUCCUGAGGUGUCAAAGGAUCUUGAAUGCCAUGGGGCAUCAUCACCUUAUCCCAGUCUGUCUCAGUCUGCUGAGAUGGAUACCACUGCACGUAGCCUGUUUGAUGUCUCUCCAUUACAGCGAGCUGACUCCACUGAAAAAUACCAUUUGGAAGAGGAAGAAGGUAGUGAGGAGGAUGCUUAUGAGUGUGAAAUGGAACAAAACACUUUACCAUGUCGAAUUGAAUGCCAAAGAUUUCCAUCUUCCUUCACAGUUGACAAAAAGGAAUCAUCACCACUGUUUGAGCAACAGUUAGUCACACACUCUGACAUGCAGAUCUCUCUGCCUGAUGUUCUGACAUCAUAUACAUCUCCAUCACAGCAGUCUUCACUGACAGCAGCACCAGCAAAGGUGUCUGAUGAGGUCAGCACAAGUUUGUCUCAAACUCUAGGUCAAAUUACAGAGCCUCACUGCACUGAAGAACCAGGUGUUAAAAAAAUAGAGCAUAAGGAGGAGAAAUAUGAUGAUUCAGAUAAAAGUAAGAAUGAGGAACUGAAUCUGAAGAGCUCAUGUGAAAUGGAAAUACAGGAGCAAAAAGUAAUUUCUGCAGAGAUUUUCCCAGCACAUUAUCCUGGGGAUGAUGAUGAUGAUUAUAACGAUGAUGAGAAGCAAGAGCGCCCAGUUCGUCCUCUUUCACUGGCAUCAGCUGACCAGACCUUUCACUCAUCCUUCUAUCAAGAAGUAUCUAGAAAAUCAGAUGAUGAUGUGGACCUUCCUCCUGACGUUUGUAUGGGAGCAACUUCAUCUUAUACAUCUUCAGCAUCUACUGGCUAUUCCUCCUGUGAAUACAAACAUCGCAAGGGAGAAAUUUCGCCUUCAUUCAUUAAUCCAAGCCCACAUCAGCUCUCCAGUGAUGAAGAACAGGAAGAUGAAGGGAGUGACCAAUCACAGGAAGGGGAUGACAACCAGGAGCCGUCAGUCAGAAGGAGAGCACGUAAAGACCAGAGACGCCACAGUCAUAGUAAGACUGGAGAUGAUGCCAGCUCACACCACCAUCCUGGUUCCAUGGCUGCUGGACUUGCCCUUGCUGGAGAAGAGACCCCUCCAACCUCAGUUAGUGAGUCACUUCCUACACAAUCUGACUCUGAUGUACCACCUGAGACUGAGGAGUGCCCCUCAAUUACUGCCGAGGGCAACUUGGAUUCUGAUGAGGAUGCAGAGUACUUGCCAGUGGAUAAAUCAGCUGCAGUUACUGGAAGCAGCCAUCACAUGUCAUCUAGAUCUUCAGAAAGGACUCAUGACCCACCACCUGCACCUCUGAAGGAUCCUUUCCCUCAUCCCCCUCAUCCUGAUGUGUGCAUGGUUGACCCAGAGCUGCUUUCCAAUGACAUAAACUCCACAGAAAAAGUGGUUAAGAAGGACAUCAAAGCAAACAAAGGCCCACGGAAGUCUUCUGGGAAGCCAAAAUCAUCAUCUCCUGCACGUAAAAGUGAGAGCAGGGGUAAAAGAUCUCCCACCCCUGUCAAACAAAGUUCCAAGGACUCUUCACCCAAGGCUACCUCUGUGAAAAAGAGGGAGUCAGAAAAAGUCCAUAAGUUGUCAAGGAUGUCUGAUGUACAGGGAUCCAAAGAUGACAACCCAGGAAAAGGACUUGUUAAUGGUGUCAAGGGCAGCAUAGGUUCUAGUUCUCAGAAAUCCAGUUCAGUGGUACCUCCCGGACCUCCCAUCUAUGUGGACCUGGCCUAUAUCCCCAAUCACUGUAGUGCCAAAAAUGUGGACCAAGAGUUCUUCAAACGCGUGCGUGCAGCGUACUACGUGGUGAGCGGCAAUGAUGCGGGCAAUGGGGAGCCGAGCCGUGGAGUUCUGGAUGCGUUGCUUGAGGGCAAGGCCCAGUGGGGCUCUAAUCUCCAGGUUACGUUGAUCCCCACCCAUGACACAGAGGUGACCAGGGAGUGGUACCAACAGACCCACGAGAAGCAGCAAGAGCUCAACAUCAUGGUCUUGGCUAGCAGCAGCACAGUUGUCAUGCAAGAUGAGUCUUUCCCAGCCUGCAAGAUUGAGUUCUAAGAAUUAACAGUGGCUCUUGCUCUGUUCAUUGUAGUUCUCAUCCCUCUUUCUUUAUUUGUCCUGUUUCCAAGAGGAAAAAAGUACUUUUCGCUUUCUACAACCAUUUUCAUAAUCAUACCUAAAAAUUCUAGGCCGUCACCUUCAUUUUCAAAUUCUUACAGUUCCGUUUAACGAGAGUCCUUGAUGCUUGUUGUAUUCCUUGGUUUGAUCACUGAAUGACCCAGAUCAUCAUAAAGCACUUCAUAAUGCAAAACAUAAAUACAUAUCUAGUUAUCAUAUAGGUCAGGUCACAUUCGUAAAUUCAUGUGAAUGUGAGUUUGGUACAACCAUGAAGAAAUUAUUUGCUUACACCUUUUAAGGUUAUUUAUGGCUUCGAGGAAUAGUUGUUUCAAUACCAUUUUUUUUUAAAACUGAAUCAAGUUAAUAUAGGCAGUGUCCAAAAUAUUACUGUGCUUAUCCCUGGCUGUCCUCUCGAUACCUCCUAUGAAGAGUAAUUAGGCAUAAUGGAUAUGUUGUGUGCUGUGAAAUGACAGAAAUAGAACUAUGAUUCUUCUUCAUCCAUCUACCUGGUUAAGAUAUUUUAUAAUAGCCUUUAUUGUUAAUAGAUUAAAUUAAAGCACAGACAUAUCUUUUCUAAUAUUUAAUAAAGGUAAAAGCACCAGUAAGGUGGUAGGUAAUUUCUUUAAGUGGAGUUAAUAAUUGUGCUUGUUUUUGCCUACCCCGCCUGCAGAGCUACGUAAUCGUCACAGAUUGUCCUCUCAUUUCUGAAACUUGUUCUUCCACAGCAUCUUAUUUGAAAUUCCAGAGGCUCGUAUAAGCUUGCUGGUGAAUCUGGUGCCUAAUGUUCUUGGCACAGAAAAAUAUAAAAUCAUAGAUACAAAUGAGUGGAGGGUUUUUAAAUGAUUUAAUUGUUGCGUUUAACACUUAACUUGGUAUACAGUUGAAAACACACAUUGUGAAAGAGAUGUGCGUUAAGAGUAUUAUUUUAAAUGCUUUCUCAAACACACGUUUUUAACAUAAAAAUCCAUCCAGCCUUAGUGUUUCUUCUCUUGGUUGUGUCCGUGCGUGUAGCUGAUUGUAUUUUAAGGUCAUUCAAACAGCCACCGUCUUCAUAAUGGGAGAGUUAAUUUUCUUGGAAUGUGUAACAUGAGAGCACCUCGUGUGAAAUUAAGUGCACUGUAAAGACUUCCCUGACUGCUAGGAAUUUUAUCAGGCUUCACCUCUAUUCUGUGUUUGGUAGUUUGAACAUAGAUUCUCUGUUUCUUUGGCAGAGCCGUGUGUGAAGUAACCCUCAUUCAUUAUGCUAAAAUGUAUUUUUAGUUAGGUUAAUGGUAUUACUAAAGUAAAACACUAACUCUUCCACAACUGUUCUGUUUUCUUUCAGGUUUUUUUUUUUUUUUCUUCCCAUUAUACUAGAGAGGUACAAAUAUCUUGUUCAUUUUUUCCUGCUAAAAUCCACUAAAGUGAUUUUACAAAAUGAAGCUUGUUAGUCAUUCCAGUUGUCUGUUGCUCUUAGUUUAAAUAAUUUAGAAGAAAACCAACUAGCUAUACAGCCAGGGUCAUAGCAAUGCAGUAUUAAAUGUUCAAGACUUAUAAAAGGGCAACUUUUAGCAAAAUUCUACAACUGGAAGGGGCGAUAUCUCAUUAUCACCCCUCUCUGUACAUUACAAUGUCCUGUUUUUCAAGUCAGUGGAGUUUCCAACAUAUUCACACCGCGCCACUUUAGCGUACUGGUUGGAAGAUAGUUUCGGGAUAAAUUAUGGCAAACAAAUCUGAACAUUGUUAUGUAUAUAAUGUACUUUAGGGAACAUAUGGAGCGUUCAGAAAUAUUUUCAAGCCGCAUAAGUAGGCCUAUACUAUCAAUUACCUUGAAAACUAAAUCCCAUUAUAAAGCUUCCUGAACGAGUCAUCAGUUUGUGGAAUUACAUAUAUAAGGUUAACAGAAACUAUUUUGUUAAGACGAUCUUUAUUUUGAGGAAUCUGUGCAGAAACUUCAUUUGACGGUAUUUGACUGCUUUCUUAAAUUCCUUCCUCGGAUUUCACUGAAGGGAAGCGGAGGCCGAUACACUUGCCCACAUGACAAAUGUAGCAAUAGAAACUCUUUGUGGUUGUGAGUCCAGGCUGACUUUUGUUACUAUAGUAGAAAGUGAGCUUUGUUGUGUCUUGUUGGCGAUGCAGCCGCUGGUUCGCAAGAGGCUGAAUGAUCUUGCAGCUUUUUGUUACCGAGAUUGUAAAUAGGAAUCUUGUGGGAUAUUUUCACGGAUGGUGUGAUUGUCACCCACUUGUGCCUUGAGGUUCCAGUCUAGGGUGUUUUUGGAGUAGACUUGUCGGAAAGGUUCCACAUAUAGAUGUUAGCUUGAAGUUUGUUGUUUUAAGCGGGCCUUAGAGUAAGGAAUCAGGACAAGCAUAAUAAGUUGUGUGAGGAGGCGGCAAAGUUGCACCGAGCAAAAAAAACAAACAAAAAUCCCUGGAGAAAAUGUCUACCCUUUUUCAAUAUAUAAAGGUGAAUGGAGCCUAAAAAAGAAGGCUGCUUAAGCGGCAAGUUAAGAAGCACACGAGGACAUACAUGACCAAUUUGACAGGACCUACCAGCAUUCUUACCAUAUCUGAGAAACAUGUACAAAUAUUGUAAAUGAAAACUGAAACCUGUGAAGAUAUAGUGAUCAAAGGAUUAAGUGACUAUUCUGUUAGACUCAAAAAUGGUCAGUUUUGAAGUCUAAAAAUCUUCUGUUACAGGUUCUGGCAGGAUAUAUGUUUGAGAGUCAAGAGAUCUAGUGCAGGUAUGCAGUGAUCAUUACUGUCGGCACGGUGUGAUGGUGCUGGACCAUGGAAAUAGGCCUGCGUAUUUUGGAGCACUGUGUGGAUCUCUACAGUUGGGACCAGUGAUUUAUGUUUUGCUUUGUUUAAUUUUUAAGACUUUUUCAUAAUGCUUGUAGAUCAUUUUAAGUGAAUGUAUGUGUGCAUGUAUACACACAUACAUACUCAGUCUAGUUGUGUUUUGUUAUUUUCAGUAUUAUAGGUAUGCUUAUCCACUUUAUUGCCCUUUUAUUACCUUUUGUUGUUUUAAAAUGUUAUAAUUCCUAACUAGAGGUGACUCAAAGUUUACAUUUCCUUCUUUGUUUUGAUUGUGGCAUUUU